AUGAAGCUAGAUCAAGAUGUCCGAGCAAGAUUGGGGCGACUACCACCCAAACUGGAGCAACUUUACCUGGAGGCCUACGAGAAUAAUCUGCUGAAGUACCUAGGCGAGGUCGGCCAGUCUAUCAUCAGCAACAUAAUGAAAUGGUUGCUCUGUGCGCAAAGGCAAAUGAAAUCCUCGGAAUUUUGCACUGCUGUAGCAAUGUAUACUGUUCCCACUGAAGAGCUUACAAAGGAACAUGUCCUCGACCUUUGUCAUAACUUCGUUGUGUUCGACAACGGUUCGGAUGUAUUUAGGUUUGCUCAUCUUUCGGUGUGA